CAGAAUCGAAUCACAAGCCAGAUCUCCUCAUUUUAAACGUCUGACUAUGAGACCUUGCAAAGUAGUCAUAUCCGGCGGUGGGGUUACCGGCCUCACUCUAGCAUUGAUGCUGGAGAAAGUCGGGGUGGAUUAUAUUCUGCUCGAAGCCCAAGCAGACAUACUUUGCAGCGAUGCUGGCACAGGUAUCUGCAUGCUACCAAAUGGCCUUCGUAUCUUAGACCAGCUGGGUUGUUACGAGUCCCUUCUUGACCAGGCAGGAGACGCUAUUGACAGUGUAACUGUCAAAGGCCCCGACGGUGAAGUGUUGAGGCACACAACCGGAUGGCAGCAAUUCGCUUUGGAGCGAUACGGUUAUAAGGCAUUCUGGUGCGAUCGGAGUACUUUAUUGCAGGCAAUUUACAACCAGAUCAGGGAUAAGUCGAAAUUACGAAUCCGGAAAUCGGUUGAGAGCAUUGAGCAUCUUGAAAGCGAAGUUAAAGUCAAAACAAGCGAUGGAGAGGUCUACCACGGCGAUGUCGUCGUCGGAGCAGAUGGAAUUCAUUCGCGCGUCAGACAAGAAAUGGCUCGUCAUGCCCGUGAGAUUGGCGCUGGCGAACAGUUCUCAGAAGAGAAGGAUGUUCCUUCAACAUACUGCUGUCUUUUUGGAAUUUCUAGCACUGUCAAAGGAAUUUCCCAGGGUGCGCUUGAUUACGUAUUGAACCACGGGUUUUCUUAUAUCGUUGGCAGUGGUCCUAAGGAUCGUACCUACUGGGCAUUAAUGAAAAAGCUGAGGAGAACCUGUCACGGUACUGAGAUUCCCCACUUCCUCCCCGAGGAUUCGGACACCAUACUUCAAGAGCAUCAGAACGAUCCUGUGGGCCCGGGAGUUUUUGUUUCGGACUUGCGUGAAAAGCUACUAAGACCCACAGUCUUGAAGCCGAUGCGAGAAUUUACCUAUCAGAAGUGGUUUUUGCAACGGAUGUUAAUCAUCGGAGACGCGGCCCAUCAGAUGACAAUUAUCAUUGCCCAAGGCGGAAACCAAGCCAUUGAAAGUGCAGCAGCGCUGACCAACAGUCUGGUGUCAGCGUUAUCUGGCAAGCAACAAGCCGGUCCAUUAUCAUGCCAUGAGAUAGAGACUCUCUUUAAGGAUGUGCAACACACUCGGUUUGCUCGAGUGAAAGGCAUGAUCGAGCGUUCUCACCAGCGACAGCUCAUGGAUUCGUUGGAAACACAGAAAUGGAAAGACUAUAUGUUACACGAAUUUCCCUCGUCGCUUCCGCGGGCCAUGAAAGUGCGAUGGGAUGAGACCUUUGCGCCGGCAAUUUCGCUUCAUGACCUCGAAGUUCCUGUCAGGCAGAAGACGUUUCGUUGGUUGGACGAGCCGGAGUAGAAAUAUGAAGGCCGAGCGAGGUUUGAGCUACAAGCAAAGUUCAAAAUCUAAGUCUCGACAAAGACCCGGAUGUUAAGAUAUGUCGCGCUGGAAAAUCUUUGAAAAUGUUGUGUUAUUGCCUGAAGUAUGAAAGCGAGUGCCUUCUGACUAGUGCCUAGCUAUCCAGUUCUCUGCAUGUCGAGCAACAUUUUCAAGCGGCCAUCGAGCCCAGGAGCAUUUAAGGCCUGAGUUCAAGCAGAUUAUGAAGUUCUUUCUGUCUAUGAUGAUUAGAAGAUGCCAGCGUUAGCUUGGAUUGCUUCCCAAAUAUUUGUGCUGAUCUGGUAUACUGUGUAGUGGUAUAAGUUACCGUUGGACUUACAUUUGAUUCUCUACAUAAAUUAUGUCUUCAGCGUCGACCAGGAGACUGAAGGAUCGUUCGGUAAGCUGUCCGUGAUUAGAAGUACAUUCGCACGAAUGCUAGCUGUUCUUGUGCCAUAACAACGUCGGAUCCGCCAAUUUGUCAAAGCUGUAGUCGAAGCCAUUUUGACUCUCUGUCAGGCAAGUCAUGAAUAAUUGCGACUGUUGUAUUAUGCGUCCGGCGAAGAUAGCUAGUUAUGAUUGAUCCUGAUGAUCCUCUGAUUUGUAG